AUGAGAGGACUUUUUAACAAAAAUCUUGUAUUCAGUAUUGGCAUAGAUCCAGACGACGACGUCAAAGACCCAGAUCUUAUGAAAGGCUUAGAAAAGUUCCUUGAAGAUGAGCUGUCAGAAGAAGAACGAAGAAAUUUCUUAGAUAAUACCAUUCGAAUUAUGGUGAACAGAGCAUUGCAUCUUAAAAGAUGGCGCCCUCCUAAAGGAGCUAUUCAGCCUACAACAGCAAAGUGCGUAUAA